AUGAGCGCUACAAACGGCAUCUCCGGUACGGCCAAGAGAGACGAUUCACCUCCCCUCACGGAGCUCGAAACGGCCGAGAUCUUACAGAGCAUCCGAAACUCCACUACUAGACCCUCGACCUCUUUACCUGCUGAUCUCUCCCUCUCGCUCGACUUACACCGCCAGCAUCAACACCAACACCAACACCAACAACCGCCGUCCGAAUCCCCCGAUCUAGCUUCCUACUAUUGGGAUGCGUCGACGAUGGCCCCGCUAAAUAAAAUCUCGGCGGCUGCCAUUGCGCGUCUGCGCGCUUAUAAGCCCCCGCCGUUUCCGACCUGGGACCAUCUUCCUGUAAGCCGACGUGCCGCAGUGCUGAUCCUGCUAUUCGCGGACCGCAGAGGUGACCUAAGAGUCGUGAUCACGAUGCGGGCUACAAGUUUGCGCAACUUCUCCGGUCACGCAGCUUUUCCCGGUGGGAAAGCAGAUUCAUUAUUAGAGUCGCCCUAUCAAAUAGCUCGCCGCGAAGCGUGGGAAGAAAUCGGUCUUCCCAUGGACGACGCCAAGAUCCCGAAGCCCUUUCGAAUAGAGCCGCUCUGCUGUCUACCAUGUAGUCUCGCGAAGACCGAAAUGGCUGUACGUCCGUGUGUAGCGUUCCUACAUGCCGACGACGUACCCGGAAAACCUAAAGCUAUGGUAGACGAGAGUAUGAUACCCCGGCUAGAUGCGAAGGAGGUAGCGGCAGUCUUUAGCGGUCCGUUCCACAAUUUCUUGAAAGCAAAGGACGAGCCGCACGAAGGAGAAACGAUACCCCUUGGUGAUUGGUACGACGGGUACUGGCAUCACUGGCACGAUAAACCGUGGAGAGUGCAUAACUUCCACGUGCCAGUAAAUAACCAAAAGGUUACAAAACCAAAGGUUCGAGAUGGCGGGCAAGCCGUGCUGGCUGACGUGCUAGAAGAGGAGGAAGAUGCGUUGCAGCGUUUCCUAGUAUGGGGUCUCACGGCACGAAUGUUGGUUGAUGCCGCAAGAAUUGCUUAUGAGGAAGAGCCCGAGUUCGAGCAUAAUUCUCACUACGGCGACGAAGAAAUCAUAACUUUUCUAGACGACGCGGGCCGCCUCCCAGACAAGAAGAGAAAGGAAGUAGGACAAGAUGCUAUCAAAGACGAGGUUAAGGAUGCGAAGAUGUAG